UGUGUUUUCCGUAGGAGGAGUCUGACUGUAGAUCAGAGCUGUUAUUUCCGUUCACAUGGAGAACACGGAAACGUUCAGCACGCGCCUGACGCGACCGGGAACACACGACAGACUCGCGAUUUAUUUAACGGAGUUUCCUCAGUAAACCGGACCUGAGAGAGCAGCAACCUUGCGGUCUGGAUCAUCAUAUUAUUUGAUCGGAUCUGUGGCCCCUCACGGCCUCUCUUCAGUUCGCAUUGGUUGACCACAGAAUUGAUCACUAACCUGUAAUCUGAUUUAUAAACCCCCCAAAAGUGUCCAGGGAGAAUGAUUCAGCCGGUCUUCUGGUUUCUAUGUCUUUGUGUUUUGAGGACGGGCGUCUCUUCUGUAUCCGUCCCUCAGUCCACGGCGCAGUCAGAUGUUCAGUGUCACGACUGGGGUGUAAGGAGUGAUGGAUCAGUGCGUGUAUAUGACGGAGAGGCGGCUUCUCUUUAUUGUCCUCUCUUCUCUCAUCCGACGCUGUACAGUUACGGUCAGACACAGAACAGCAGUCUCUCUUUACUGUGGUACAGACACACACAACCAGAUGAAGUGGAACAACCCAUCAACCUGAAGUUACCCACGCUAUACAAAGCCCGGGAAUAUCUCUGGAUCCAACCGGCCACGACACAGGACUCUGGACUCUAUAUCUGUAUGCUUCGUAACAUUUCCUCAUGCGUGAAGAUCGGUGUGGAGCUGGAGGUCAUUCAGCGUAACGGCACCUGUGACAUCAAAGCUCAGCCGAAUUUAAACCUGACCGUACCUCUCCAGAGUGAUCGAACCCUCAGCUGUCCUGACCUCAAUACGCUCACACCGCCAAAUAGUACACACACCGUCACCUGGUACCACAAGUGCAGCACUGUUGUAUUUUUGUCUGGGUAUGAUAUAGAGUUGAAGGGAGAUGAAGUUGUAAUUCACAGGAUGAUGGAGUUUUUUGCCGGCCUCUACACAUGUGUGGUUUCUUAUCAGAUGAACGGACGCAAGCUUAAUUUUACACGCACAAUAAACAUCACAGCCGUUGUUCCUACUGUUGGCAAUAAAGUUCCUGUUAUUCUGAACCCUGCCAAAGAUCAGAAUUACACGGUGAUUGUGGGAGAAACUGCGAAACUGUCCUGUAGGGUGCAUCUGCCAUACCUGGAGACGGGCACACAGGAGAUAUGGUGGACCAUCGAUAAAAAAACCGUGGAACAACUCGGCGACCCACGAUUCACCUCACCCGAGUCUACACGGGUGUCGGAAUAUCAUGGAGAUGAAACCAGAGAGCGACUCUUGUAUGUGUCAGAUUUCUCCUCUGAUGAUCUGCAGAAGGAGUUUAACUGCUCCGCUAGAAACAGUAGAGGAUUCAACACCAGCAGAGCUCAACUCCAGUUAGAGGUGUAUGUCCCCACACUUGAGCUGGGUUUUGGGUUAGGUGUGACUCUUGCUCUCAUGUUGAUGAUGUUUGUCAUCUAUCACGUCUUCUGGCUGGAGCUUCUGUUGCUCUAUCGCUCCUGGUUCGGCUCUGAUGAGAGAUACACAGAUGAUAAACAGUAUGACGUGUACAUCUCAUACGCACGAAACAGCGAAGAGGAGGAGUUUGUGCUGUCGACGCUGCGUCGAGUUCUGGAGACGGAGUUCGGUUACUCCGUUUGUAUUUUCGACAGAGACAGCCUCCCCGGAGGAAAUCUGAUGGAGUCGGUGCUCAGGUGUAUGCAGGCAUGCCGCAGGCUGCUGGUGGUGUUGAGCUCAGACUGUCUGUGUGAGAAGAGCGUGAGUCUGCUGGAGUGUCGUCUGUGUUUGUAUCUGCACCACACAUCUCACAUUCCCAUCAUCACCGUGAGGCGGCACGCCCUCCGGACCUCCUGCAGCGAGAUCACAGAACUGCGGAGCAUUUCCACAUGCGUCCGCUGGCACGGAGCCCGGUCCGAGCGGCCCAACUCACGCUUCUGGAAACUUUUGCGAUUGACUUUGCCCCUACGACCCAUCUCACUCGGUAAGAGACUCAUUGAUAGCACCUCCUCGCACUCGGACCUGGCAUCCAUGGCUACACGGCACAUGCAGCCAGUUUCUCUCAGACACUGCCAGAGCAGUAAAGCUCCGAAGGGUGGUAGAGGCCAUGAAGGUCGUGUAGGCCUCAGGCAUCUUGGAGUACGACAGACCCGGGAGGACCGAGGUGGACCGGUUUGUGAGCAGAAUGGGCGGGGCUGUGUGAUCUGUGUGAACUUUCAAGAGAGUCGUAUGAUUUGGGGUGGGGUUCUUGCACCCCAGUGGAACACACAGCUGCACCAGCCUGUGACCAAUGGAACGAUACCACACAACACACACAACAACAGUACUGAAACCCAAAAUAACCCCUGCAAUGACCUCUGCUCCUGUGAGCCUAUCAACAACAACAACCAGAGCAAUGAACUACAAACAACCCACUGUUGACGAACACACAUAAGCUUUAUUCUGGACUCUGGACCGCACACCUGUGGAUGUUAUGAACACUUCAAGGUGACAUUUUUUUAAACAAGAAAUUUGCGUAUAAACUUUAUUUGUCACAUACACAGUUAUAUAUGCACUAUAGUUGUGCACUGUAUAUAACUGUAUAUGUUGUGAUCUUUUUGUGUUGACAACUGACGAAUGAGUUUGUAUCAGGUGGUAUGUAAGUAUUUAAUUAAAUAAACUAAAUUCAAAACAUCA